UCUAUGUUGUGUCAGAAUUUGACAGGAGGAACAGAAUCCGUUGCGUUUUCCCCUAAUUAUCUGUUCAUGCUGCCGCUGAACACUUUAAAAACAAGACAUUCGUGACAUAAACGUAGUUGAGGAUAAAUCUACAGUGAUAUGUAGACCAUGACAAGAAGUGCCUACCUAAAAUCAUACAAGAUGUGUCCGAUGUUGAAAAGCGUCCAUUUCAUAUUGACUGUGAUUCUUUCUGUGAUCUGCCUGACGUCUGCUGUGCUUGAUGGUGGAAACCUUCGUGAAGAUCUCGACACCAUGAUGCAACAGGGCCUUGGUGUGCAGGCUUGGCAGGAUUAUUUUGAUACUUUAUCAUUUACUGCAGACAUUCCAAAAGGACAAACUCUUCUCAAUCAGAUUGCUGCAAAGCUAAGCAGUAAGUUUACCAACCGAGUGGAUAAUGUGAUAGCCCAGAAAGAUUUUUUGCAGUCGAAGUACGGGUCGUUUUCUUCAAAUGCUAACAGUCUUCAGCGGUGCUGUACAUCGUGGGGAUUAUCAUAUGAUGAACAAUUCAAGAUGAAUGUGAACACUCGGGCAGCUUGUUAUGCGAUCUCGUCAACCACUGAAUACGACAAGAAAUUUGCCACUCAAUCUGUCAUCAACAGGAUGAUCUCCAAUAGGCAGCAGAGCUCCGAACUGAAGUGGCAGUACUUCGGAGAUGAGAACGGCAUCCUCACUAUGUUUCCUGCCAAUAACUUUGCCGAGUGCGGAUCUUAUGACCCAAGAUACAGACCUUGGUAUGUCGCUGCAGCCACACCAACCAAGAAGGAGGUUGUUGUUGUCAUCGAUAAGUCAGGCUCAAUGGGCAACACACACUCUGGCAUAACACUCAUGGAAAUAGCUAAGAAUGCAGCUGAUACAGUUUUGGAAACUCUUGGGCCUGAUGAUCUGGUCGGUGUCGUUGCCUUCUCCACCAAUGCCUUGACAGAGUCUGGGUGUUACAGUGAUUCCCUUGCGGCAGCUACGCCGAUCAACGUGAAGAAGCUCAAAGACUACAUCAAAACUCUCUAUCAAGGUGGCGGAACAUCAUAUGUGUCUGCUUUAGAUAAAGCAUUCAGCCUGUUCAAAAAGAAGACAUCAGAAAUUACCAGAGAAAAGGUGAUCCUCUUUCUGACUGAUGGCGCCCCAUAUGAAUCACAAAUUCAAAUCCUGAACAAACUCAAAGUGGAAAAUGCUGCAUUAUCAAACAAAGUGGUUAUACUCACGUAUGGCCUCGGUCGAAAUCUUGAUUCUGGCGCCCAAAACAUAUUGAGAAAUAUGGCUAAGCAGACCGGUUACGAUCCAAGUGCUGGGUCAGUAAAGGAAGGUUUAUACACAGCUAUUGAAAAUCCAAGCAAACUCCGCAGUAGUAUGGCAACAUAUUACAAUUUCUUCAGCAAGGCAACGAACAACAGCAGUCCUGUCAUUUCUGUGCCAUACUUUGAUGCCUUUGGUUUGGGGAUGAUUAUGACCGUCUCUCUCCCAUUCUACUACAACAACAAAUUGACUGGCGUUGUUGGCCUGGACAUUCCCCUCUCCGAUCUAUUUGCUGAAGCCAUAUUUAGCCGCCAUUACAUCUUUGUGACAGACAGUAGAGGGCGUGCUAUAUUACACCCACUGCUGCCGCAACCCGACAAGGUCAGCAGUGAUCCGAUUGUGGCGAAAAUUGGAGUAUUUGAACGGGGAGUUGCAGUGAGCCAAGUGCUUGAUUCGAUGAAAAGUGGUGGAUCGGGCAGUAAGAAUUUGACUUCAGAUCACAUCAUCGCCAAUGGCAACUCCUUUAGGGAUGGUGUUACCACCCAAAAACUCCAAUCAACAUAUUUUUGGAAACAGGUUAAUGGUAGUAGUUUCUCUGUCUGCCUGGUCAUGGUGAAGGGAGAUGUGGAAGCGCACAUGCAUGGCCUGUCACCGACGGACAAGUUCUGGUACCAUCGUAUCGAUAUCAAGGUGCCAUCACCAACAUGUAAACACUUCAACCGCAUAUCAACUCAAGAAAAUUCCGUUGUAAAGUUAGCGGCAGAGUGUUUCACGUCCCCGUAUAAAUAUUUGGACGACCUGGAGACCAAUUCGUCAGUGUCGGCCCUGACUAACUACUUGACGUACAAGACAUCUUCUAAUCCUGGUCUCAAGCCUGAUAUCCGUGACACAGUGACCCUCCUUGCUAAAGGAGAUGACAUCUGGUUGAAGCAGUUGACGGAAAUGGCCCAGUAUCUUGCAUGGAGAUACAUUGCAACGUUUAACGGAGUGUUCCGGAUUACACCUGGAGUCAAGCUGCAGAAGGCCUACAACGCAGCAAGAAGACCCUGGUACCAGCGUGCCAUGAGUCACCCUGGUAGGAUAGUCAUCUCUGCUCCAUAUCUGGAUGCGUUUGGUGCGGGCUACGUUGUCACGCUCAGUUACACUCUCUACAAGGGCGAUUCAAGUAAACAGCAUAGUUCAUCAGACACGGUGAUCGCAGUAGCUGGUGGUGACUUCACCCUUGGUUACUUCUACCAAACAUUUAUCAACAAGUUUCCCAAGUGCAAAGAGCAGGAAAACAGUUGUUUCUUGUUCGACUCGAGUGGCUAUGUGGUUAUUCACGAAGACUUUGUCAAAGCAAAGACACGUGUUUUACCCGAAGUGGAGGAUGUCCAUAUCACCGUGAAAGAUGCCAUCCUUGCUCGCUACUUGAUCGACAAUGUCCACAUGGUGAGACAGAAAUGCCUUGGGAUUACGGAUAGGGAUAACUUGUCUAUGUGGAAGCGGCAGUCUACAUGGAAGGUUGACCUUGGAGUAAAAACAUACUUGACAUUUGAUCGCUCGACAGUGACAUAUGAGGUGUCUGCGGUAACAGGCAGUAAUGUCUUCGUUGUUCUGAAAAAUCCAAAAGUGACUGGUAUUGGCUGCUCUUGUAGUGUAAAGUCUGCAGAUUCGUACAAGAACUACAAAUGUCGAAUUACCUUAUCCAAUAAUCCGAAGGUGUGUGAAUGUCCGUGCUACUCGGAUGCAGAUUAUCAGUAUUGUGAUGACAAGCUCACAAUUGACAGUUCCACGAGUCCACCCUGCACUGCAGAAAUCCAGCCUCUCAAUGUAACCCAGCCAUCAAAAAGUGAGAGGGAUAUCGCCAAGGCCUUGUCCUACUGCUAUCAGAAAUCAUGCACAAAUGUGAACAGUGAAGGUUUAUGUAUCUCAUUACUUGGAUGCAGCUGGUGUGCCAGGGCCAGCGACGGAGGAAUCUUACAGAAACCAUACUGUGCAUCAUCCGAGGAGUGUUAUUUGGGGGUGGUAGGAAUGCCGAGCCCUUACAAUAAUGCUAUCAAAGCAGUAGAGCAUUCUGACCCACGAAUCGAGGCAAUCUUUGGUGCUUUGGCUGCUUUCGCUUUAAUUGCUUUAACAUACCUCAUUUGGAGGCAGUGCCAGAAGAAGUCAAAGAGCACCAUCUCCACUGUGAGUACAACAACGGAAGAUCUCUCAACGACGUCACAGAUUGCAAGUGCUAGAUUAGUUUCAUUAGCUAAUCCCAAUUCUGUUGCUGCUUUACCAAAGGAUCCAGUUUCUAUCAUUGCUCCACCAAAUGAUUCAAAUUUACAAAGGUACAGCCUCGGUACAGAGCUUGAUGUUAUGGGCAAAAGUAAAUUAAGUUGCCAAGUUGCAGAUCCAUCUGAGCUCAGUAUUGGAUACCCAGAUCCUGGUACUGCCCUCCCCUCGGCACCACCCCCUCCCAUGCCAGCUACGACCCUUGAUUAUCCUCUCACUGGGAUUAACUACCAUCUACCCCCGCUGCCUGAUCUAGAGUACCCUCCCCCUGCUUAUGACAACCAGAGGCAGGAGCAGAGAAAUAUUGAUGGGAAACUUGAACCUGAAAGGCUUGACAUUUGAGAUAUUGAACGAAUUGAUGUGGUCUUUAAUGCUCUCACACACAAGAAGGGGAUUUUGGUGUGUUGGACUGCUUGCAGUUGGGUCUCUAGUAGUUACCCUCGCUAGCCUGCCUAAUGAGAUUUGUUGAUUCUGUACACAUUUGAUGUACUGCAUAAUACUUAUGUUAUACUUGCUUGUAUGUAUGUCAUAUAUUUUGGACAUUUUGCUUUUCAACGUUAUGUUAAAAACUGCAAUAGAUUGUGAUACUUGUAUAAUGUUACUUUUUGGCAGCAAAUGUAAAUAGAUACAUAAUCUCAUACACGCUACCCAUGACUCCAAAGAGCUCAUGUGUUGCAUAGAUUUUCUUCAGUUCAGCAUGUACAGUGAUAAGUAGAAAGGCUGAGCCUCUAAGCAAUAAUAUUAUGAAGUGAACUGUGAUAACAUGUAAUUUUAAAAGAUAUUUAGAUUGGGCCAUGACAGACAUUAAUGAAAAUCAGGAAAUAAUUGUUUAUGUUAGGAAUUAGGAGAGCUGGGUCUUUCUGUUGUCACAUUCUUAUUGAAAGAUAGUUGAGGUUAUUCAUAUCAUUUUGUAGUUUUUGGACAGAGUCCCUUUUUUUCAUUACUUAGCUUGAUGGUCUUGUACUGGUUUCCAUUAUGUCAUCUGUUCUCCACGAUAAACUUGAACAUAUUUGGCAAUAAAUGUUCCUAAUAUAUCGCUUGAUAUUGCCAAACAGUGCUCCAGUUGGUGCCAGAAUGUCUUUGAAUGUUGAAGUAUUAUGUACGUGACGAGCUCAAAGCUAUGCUGUCCAUGCCUCCCCUAGUGGUGUAGGCCCACUUUGAGAUGAAUGUUUCAAGCUAUGAAACUCUUUUUCUGUUUUAUUUUUGUUUUCUGUUUAAUUUUAUUUUGGUGAUUGACUUGUAUAUUUUUGUACUUUUUAGUUGAUGUAGGUGAAUGGAACUAAUAAUAAUUAUAGAUGACUAUUUUCAUUUAA